GGAUGUAGUUUUUUUAGAUCCUGUAUUUUAGUUGUGAUUGAUUCUGGUUUUGCUGCUGAUGUGUUCUUCCGAAGGUGGACAACUUUAUAAGCUGAAUAAUUCGUCCCCCUUGUCGCAUAGGAACGGUGCGCUGCUGAAAAUAUGCCGUAUUAUCAGACUUGGGAGGAGUUCGCUCGUGCCGCAGAAAAGCUAUAUUUGACAGAUCCAAUGAAGGUCAGAGUGGUUCUCAAGUACAGACACUGCGACGGUCAUCUCUGUAUGAAAGUGACCGACAAUGCGGUGUGUUUACAGUACAAGACGGACCAGGCUCAGGAUGUGAAGAAGAUCGAGAAACUCCACGGAAAACUGAUGAGACUCAUGGUGUCCAAGGAGACACACAGUGGUGCAAUGGAGACUGACUAAGAUGCUCUAUAACCACUGGCAUGCUGGAGUACUUGGACUGUUCAGUAGUGGUUGUUGAGUGGAGUGCUGUUGAAGUACUUUAUGGAGUCGUUGAGCGUUGGUAAAAUGGCAAUGUGUUAAGAUGAAGUGAGUUAAUCUGCCCACCUGUACUGAUUUAAUACAGUCAGAGAUGUGAUGCAUAUACAUAUCAUGUCACAUGUGUAUGUACACAUCUGUACACGUGAGUUUUUUUCAUAUACGUUUGGUAAAUAAUCUUAUCCUGUUUUUUAGGGUUAAGCAUUUUGUUCAAAUCUGCUCAUCAUAUUAAUCUAAAGUAAAGUGAACUGGUGGGACAUUUUAUACAAAAUUGGAAAAAUGUGCAAACCCCUGCGUGUUUUAAGGGCUUUGCCAUUGUUGUUAAUUUUAGAGGGCUUAAAGAUGGGCAUUAAAGUCAUUAGAUGUCUCUGUUUAUGUCAAUUUGAUUACAGGUAUUGGUAUAUUUUUUUUGUGGGCCUGUUUUACCUAAAUGAAGCAGAAUCUUACUAAAUGCCACUAGUGUGAAGACACCCCCACACUUCAAAAUGCACGGUUAAUAUUUGCCUUGCAUUUAAAAUAAAUUUAUGUACCGAAGCACA